GGACUACGGCUUCGCAAAAAAGUAAUAAAAAUAAUAAAUAAAAAUAAAUAUAAUAGAAGUGGCUGCAAGUGUUAAACAACAACAACAACUACAUCCAAAAGAAGUGCUUGCCUAGGCAGAAAAAGUUUUUUCAAUAAUACACAAUAGCCAUAAAGCAAGAUUCAAAUAAAAGAAAAGAAAAUGUGCUAUAAAAAAAGUUAAGAAGUAACCACAAGCUACGUAUCGUGCGCGCACUCUCCCUAUCACUGUCUCUCUUUCUCUCUCACACACACACUUUGUGCCUCGUUUGCGCUAUCCCGCUCUUUCCAUAAGCGCACUCCUACUUCCCCCUAAGCUUCGCUCUACUGCAUGCAUUCCUUGGAAUCAUUCUAUGUGGAUUAUCGCUACGAGUCAAAGAAAGAAGAAGAACAAAACACAUAACGUUGCGUUAUUUGGAAUAUUUUUUACGUUAUACCUCAGUCUAUAACGCUAAAUAAAUAUCGUUUUCGCUUAUCGAAAAUACAACAAAAGUCUGUACCGAAUGCUGCCGCCGAAUUGCACAAAAACUCAAUAUACUUGCGAUAAGGUAAAUGGAAAUAAAUGGUGCUAUAUGCCCCAGUUGCAUUCAAUGAGGAGAACCUGAAGAAUCAGAAACGAACCGAUGUGAUACUUGGAGACUAAGGAUUGCAACAACGACAAACAACAAAUACUCUAUAGUAUUUAGCAGUGGACAACAAAGAAAGAAAAACUGCAUAGCAGAUUAGAGAAUAGAACUAAAAUAAUUUGCUGCAAGACUUGCCACAUUCAACAUGGAACACUUGGAUCUGGCGGGCUAUCUAAAUACGCCCCUCACCUGGAAUUUGGGCGCAUUUGAACAGCAAGAUGGCAUUUACUUGUCCAGCUCACGGCAAAUGCUGGAGCCCAUCAUGGAGGAGACCUCCGAGGAUGAGGAGCAUGCGCAAAACAGCUGGAAUGGCUACGAGCAGCGCAACAGCAGCAGCUGCGGCGGUUUCUGGAGUUCCGCAGAGUCCGAGACGGGCUCGGUCAUAAGAGUCGAAAUUAACAAGGAUAUCGACGCAAUGUCGGAACGCGACUUUGCCUGCCCGCCCAAACGGGCGCGGCGCAGCCAGGAGGAGCUGCAGCAACAGCCGCACAGUCUGGAGGAUGUGGUGCAGCUGCGUCGUCCGCCGCCGCCGCGUUACGAUGCAGAGACGCACAACAGUCUGGAGCGUUUCCUGGCGCUGGAGGCCUGUGCACGGGACAGCUACGGUAGUCAGGGUCAACGCAAUAGUACGGGCAGCUGUCGACGCGGUGGCAACUUUGAGGACUUCUACUCGGACAACGAUUCGUAUCAUUCGCUGUCGCGCAGCUCGUCGCUGGUGCAGUUCGAGUCGCUGGAACGACAGAUGACGCUGCAGGAGCAGCAUCAGAGCAUGAGCAGUCUGGGCAACAGUUCGCCCUCGCUGCUCAGCUGCGAUACGCUGGCCAGCAGCAGCGGCGGCACCAGCGGCAGUCACAGCAAUCCGGACAGCCGUCGCGGAUCGGCCACGUCGCUGCUGAAGCGCUACGAGUCGAGCGACGGCCGCCUGCAUCAGACCUACUUUGAGCUGAACAAGCUGGACCUGGAGGAGCAGCAACGCGAACUAUUUGGUGCCUGCAAGAGUUUGCAUCAGGCGGAGCUGAAAUCCGACUCGGAAUCGAGCAGCUCCUCCAGCAGCGAUAGCAGCGGUCACAGCAUGCUCAGCGCCUGUCCAGGCAAGCAAGAUGCUGCCGGUGCUCGACGCUUGCCACUCAAUUCGGCGGAGAAUUUGUCUGAGGAUUCGGGCUACUGUGAGCCGAGCACAUUGCGGCGCAGCAAGAGCAAGAGCAUACCAAAGAAUUUCGACAAACUCUGCGAGGAGGAGGAGGAGCUGCUGGAGCAUGAGGCAGCGACAGCAACAGGGGCAGCACAAUCAGCAGCAGCAGCGGCAGCAGCAGGGGCACAUUCCAAAAACUCCAAUGAUUUGUGUCAGACAAAAAUAGAGCAGCAGACAAACGAGAUACAGUCGGCAUCGACAUCAUCUCUGGGCUCUCCGACAUUGUCUAUAAAUAGCAGCGAGAGAGACACACACUCGCCAUCGCCCAGCGGAUCAGCGGCGUCGGCGACGUCGUCGUCGCCAUCGUCUUCAACAUCGUCCGCCGCCUCGUUCACUUGGCUGCGCAACAGUUUGCCCGAUAUACGCGAGCCGCGAGGUUCGUCGCCCAAAUUUCUAACGGACAACAACAGCUACGUGCUGGCCAACAACAAGAGCAACAGUAGCAGCAGCAGCAGCAGCAGCAGCAGCAGCAGCACCUCCUCCUCACCAGUGUUGGUGCGAACAGCCACAGCAGCUUCAGCCGGCAGCGUGCCCAACGAGCUGCAGCAGCUGGGCAGACGUCGACGCACACGUCGCCAGCAACAGCCACACCAGCAGCAGCAGCAGCAGCAGAGGAAUUGCCAUAGCAGUGACGGGCAUAGCUCCAGCGAGGAUUUGGAUAAUUUCGAUUGCAGCAGCUUGCCGCGCAUACGACGCAGCUGCAGCUGGAACGAACGUUGUGGCUUUGGUGGCGUAACGGGAGCAGGAGCAGGAGCAGGUGCAGGUGCUGGCUAUCUGAAUGCUAGCUAUCAGAAUCUAACACUACUCGACUACACGGAUCCCAGUGAGAACUGCAAGCGCAGCUCGUUGGACAUGGAGAAACGCAAGCGUAUUGUUUCUGGCGAGGAUUACGAGCAGCUCAUAUGCAAGGGCAACUUUCUGCUGGACGAGCUCAGUCAAAUCUACGAUAAGAACGCAUCCAUAUUGAAUGACAAAACGGCCGAGCAGGAGGAGCACGACGUGCUGGAUGCACCGCCGCAGGUGCAGCAUGUUCAGUUGACCAUCAGAAAGCCGCCAGCGCGUCAAAAGCGACACACAGCGGAGCUGGCGCAGGUUCAAGCGGAAGUGACGCCGUCAGCACCAGCACCAGCAGCAGCAGCUGUGCUGCCCGCCGCCGCCGUCAUCAGUUUUAGCAGCUUUGGCAAGACCUUCGAUCAGGAUCCAACUAAUUUGCGCACCUCCUAUGCCCAGUCGCUGGAGCAAUGCAAUUUCGAGCUGCCCACUGUCAAAGCGAGCAGAACUCCAGCGACGCCAACGCGGGCGCUGCCCAAGCGACGCUUCCAGAGCGCAACGGCUAAGCAGCGCAGUCUGGUUAGCAGCACGCCCAAUCUAUCUGCUUACGAUGGCGCCCAGGAGCCGGAGGAUGAUAUAUAUGUGAGCAGUGCGCACAACUCGAUGCAUCAGCUGCCGCAGACACCGACACAGCCGAAGCCGUUGGGCAUACUCCUACCAGCUGGCUCACGUAAUUCGUUCAGCAAGGAGGUGAGUUUUUGUCCCGUGGUGAGUAAGUAUUGCUGGCAGGAGCAAUCGUCGGAGGAGCCGCAGGAGGAGCACGAGCAGACUAGCAGUGAUGAGGAGCACGAUGUUGGCGAAGAGGAGGAGGAGGAGCUGUUGGAUAACGAUGCCACUGUUAUAUUUAACACCAAAGAGAACGAAAACAUAGCAGCGCGCUACAAUGAAGAGCAACAGCUAAGAGCGCCGCAGCCAGAGCAAGAGCAACCGCAGCCAACCGCAGCGCCAGAGAGCGGUAAUGAGCGUGAGCGCGAGCGCGAGAGCGUGAUCGAUGACCAAAACAUUGAGAGCGAUGAAAACAACGAAAACAUCGCCGCCAAUGUGGAAACGAAACAACAAACAUCGCCGCAGCCCGUUUCAAGCGGUGCUGCUGCCAUGCCAGCUGCCGCCGCUGCUGUCAGUCUUGAAACGCGCGUCGUCGCGAGCUCAUUGUGCGCGAUCGUUAAACCAGUUACGACAGUCAUACCAGUUACGCCAGUGCCGCCUAUACAUACACGCCCCCUAAGCCUGCAUUUGCCAAUAUUAAGCGAACCGCCCACUAAUCGCGCCCAUCACAUACUCUACGCCUCGCAGCAACUGCUGCAGCGUUACGACAGUGACGACAGCAACAUGCCCAAGCCACUGCCUGUUGCGGCGCCAGCGCAUAUCGCCAGCGCCAACAACAACGAAUCGCCGCCUCUGAAGCAGCGCGGCAACAAAACGGAUGAGAAACAUCCUAGCUCGAAGAGUUUCUUAUCACGUUUCGCCCAUGGCUUACGCUUCUCCUUGCGUCGCAAGAAGAAGCAACAGCAUCAGCAGCAGCAGCAACAACAACAGCAGCAACAACAACAGCAGCAGCCAACAGGCAAGCAGAGCAACAGCCAGAAGCAAACGCCGCAAAGCAAUGGCAAAAGCCAGGAUUUUAUACACAUACCGUUAAAGCCGCCGCGCAGCACUCUGCUAGAUGACAGCACAGCAUCCCAGGCGAGCACUGCCAGCAUUCAUAGCCGCCAGACGACAGCGGCAACAACAAGCACAGCAGCUGAGCUGGAGCAGCCAAAGACGUCCACAUUGCAGAAGCUGGUAACGGGCAAACCCCCGUUGCCCAAAUUGCCACCACGGCAAACGCAUGCGCCGUACAACGCGCACAGUGCUGCCAAUUGCUCCGCAAGUGCUGCCCAUGCUAGCGAUGCUCUCUUGGCCGCCGAACGGGAGCAAUAUGCGGCAUUUGCCCAACAGUUAACAGCGGGCCAGCGACACGAUAUGUCGCUAACCGGAACGGCAACGGCAACGGAAACGGAAAUGGCACGUGCAACCGAAUCGCCAUCGCGCGCCUCGGUGGCACAAAAGACGCAAAUGUUUAAUCAGCUGGGUGCCGGCAUACAGUCGCGUCCUUUGACCAUGGUCACCGCCGUGCCGGUGGCCGUGUCGCCCAUGCUGGAUGACAGCGAUGCAGCCGGCAAAAUGGGGCUCAUCGAGACGAACUUGGACACACACGAAACGGUUAUAACGGGCAAAACGCGCUCCUUGAUGGAUAUCACCUGCAAUCCGCUGCACAAACGGUAUCUGGUCAAGCGUUUGAAUGUGACCAGCGCCGUCUAUGAUGGUCAUGAUGAUGACGACGAUGAUGAUGAUGAUGGGCAUCUGGAUGGUAAUAAUCAGCGCAUUAAGCCAUCAACACAAGCGAACGGCGUGCAAAUCGCAUCGGUGCGUCGGCCACACAAAAGCAUGGAAUUUCUCCUGGACAAAGAGAAUCAAAAGAAUGUUUUGCCACCCGAGAAUGAGCUACAGAAAUCACAUGAUCAUAAUCCGGCCGCACUGAGCGAGCACCAGCUGCGUGUGCAGGCGUCGCUACAGCGUUUGAAUAUACCCGACUGGUUCCGACAAUACAAUCAAAAUGCAGCCAGGUCGCCCGAUGGCGCCGGCGCCGGUGCCAAUGCCGGCGGCAAUGCGUCCUGUGGCGGCUAUAAGCCGGGCAACUUUACGCGCAAGCGUACGCAGGACUCGGGUCGCUGGCAGGGCCUUAACUCGAAGACGACUUCGCUCAGUUCGCUGGGCUCUCAGCGCUCUGAUCGUAGUCCCCUGCUGUUGAGUCCCUCGGCGCACAGUCAUCACGGCGGCCAGACCAGCAAUGUCAGCGGCUCAGCGUCGGCGCCUCAAGGACAUGGUCAAGGUGUCGGCGCCACACGUUGGUCCACCUCACAUCUGAACUCCACACAGACAUCGCCGAGCGUUUCGCAGCGCGGCAGCUUUGCCCGCGGCGCGCCCAUCAAUAGCAGCUUCAUGUCGGUGGCCAGCGGCAGCAGCGCUGGCGGUGUCCUUCGGAACUCCUACCGUCAGCCCUACCUGGGCUGGCGCAGCACAGAGAAGCUGUCCCAGCGCACGCCCCACGAACGCCUGGCCAACUCGCUGCUAGCGCAACGCACAUCGCCAACAAGUGCUACGGCUACGGCCACGAAUGGCAUGCGAACGCUGCAGCCAGUGACGCCGGAGAUACAGAGCUCUAUCAAGGAGGUCACCUCGGCCAUUGUGCACUAUGUGAACGAUCAGACGCAGGCGCAACACUUGCAGCAACAGCAGCAGCGCAGCCGUUCGACGAGUCCCAAUUCGAGAAAGUGCUGGCUGGAGAGCAGCUUUGUUGGCACACGUCCGCUGGAUUCACCGCAAACGCCCGUCAUCGACAGCAGCAGCAGCCCGCCCGCAACCCAACAUCAGCUAGAGCAGCCACAGCAGCAGCACCAUCAUCUCCAUCAGCUCCAGUUGGAUGCCACAACGGUGGUUGCCAUUGGACAGCCGCCACUACGCAUGAACGGACUUAGCCGAGUCGGCGGCGGUGGCGCGCCUGAACGCUCGUUGAGCAGCGCAUCGCUAGAAGAUGUCUUAGCCUCACUUUUAGGACUGCCAACUACCUCCUCCUCCAACAGCCAGAACACCAACAGCAACCACAACAACAACAACGGCAGCAACAGAAACCAAGCGACAGCGGCGACCAUUGCAGGGUCCUCGACGACAGCAGAUACAGCUAGUCGUGGUCAUCAGCUGGAGGUGCUAACGGCAGCGGAGCAGCAGCUGCUGCGCCGUCGCAGCGAGGGUGACGCGCCCACCCAAAAGCAGAAGUCACAAAAUCAAAGCCAGACACAAGCACACCAAACACACAGCCAGACCCACUCCCAAUCCCAAUCCCAAUCCCACUCUCUAUCUCAGUCACAGAGCCAAGGCCAAGGCAAUGCCAGCAAUCGGCGCGUAUCGCUGGGCGACUCCAACGCCCACGCCCACGCGUCGGACAAAGGCAACAGCGGCGGCAUCAUCAACAAUGGCAGCAUCUUUGGGGCCGCCAGCGAGCAGCUGCAGAUCAGAUGCCGCAACACCAAGUGCGAUGCCAGCGCCACGCCCGCCGAUGCCAAGAAGCUGUACAAGUCAUGCCACAAUUGUACCCAUCUAUAUUGUUCACGUGAGUGUCGGCGCGCCCACUGGGAGAAGCAUCGCAAGGCGUGCCUGCACUCGCGCGCCUCCAAUUUGUGCCGGCAGGUGCUAGCCACGUGCAAGGACGACGUCGACUCACAGCGUCAUCUCAGCCUGCUCGCUCGCAAGGGCAGCAUCUCGCAGGGGCGUGGCGUGGUGCGUGUGCUCUUCCGCAGUGCCGAGGCGGCCGAGGGCUUCAUCAAGCACGGAUUUCAGUGCAUGGGCGAGGCAUCCUAUGUACGCUGGCCAGACCUAAUGCCAGCCGAAAUGGGUCUGGAGCUCUACUCGGAACUGCUGAAGCUCAGCACCGAAUACAAGCCCGAGUCCAAGAUGCUGAUCUACGUGGCCAUUUGCGUGGUCUCCGAGGCACCUGGCAUGGGUCAGGCACCAGUGCGCUGGGAGCGCCAGCUGGUCUCGCGUUGCGCCAAACUGAAGCUGUGCAAGAACGUGUUGGCCGAACUGGAGCUGCAGCAGCAGGCGCUUCAGCAACCACUCGCUGUUAUGGCCGUGCCGGAGCGCACCGAGAUACUCAUACUCACCUUCAAUCCGGGCCUGCGCACCGUGCCCGGCAAUCGGGAGCUCAUACUGUCCAACAUAUUGGACAUUUUGUCGCGCCGUGGAGUGCUGCUGCGCAAGCACUACCCAGAGAUCUAUCAGCGCCUGCAGACCUACACGGAGGGCCAAACGGACAAGUUCAAUCCGGUGACGCUGCAUCCGCGUGACUCGCAGACGGGCCAGAGCUUCGUGUGCAUCAUCAUGCCCGUGCACACGGACAGCGAGUUCAUCAAGCUGCCAUCGGCGGCGGACGGCGGCGGCAAUCGGGUCACGACCAUCGAUGUCGGCUCACCGGCUGCCCUCGCCCAACUGGACGAUGAUGAGCUGUUGACGCGCACCACCCCAGCGAGUUGAUUGAAGGCGGGCAGCAACCGCAGCAGCAGCAGACAGAGGCGCAGCGAUGGCAGCAGCGGCAGUGCCACGCCUCCGCACACCAUGCACGCCUACGGCGAUGCCCUUGGCUGUGGCCUGGAGAGCACGCGCAUGUGAGCAGCCACAACUCUCGAUCGCUUCCAGAACUUGCUCUUUGAUUAGCUCUUAAGUCUCUAACAAGUCGCUUCUUCUAUCGUUCUCUAUCUACUCUAAAUACUCAUGUUAGUUAGUCGACUGUUCUGUUAUUUCAAUUAGCUAGUGGGCGUGGCAGUCGUGUAACAGUAGUGCCCUCAACUCCCAAAGAAAACAAAACACACACACACACACACACUCGUUGUCUGGCACACCAAGAACUCUUAUCAAAUUAUCACUUAUCUAGGCAGAAUUUGCCAACAAAAAAAGUCUCGAAACUAUCUAAAAACUAUCAUUUUGGGGCAGUUCCGGCAACAAAUACUCCAACUAAAGCAAAUUGCUAUAACUUUUAACACUAACGGUAAUAAGUCAAGCUUUACUAUCAUAUAUCUCUGAGCUUAGAGGUGGCAGCAUUUGCAUUUGCAAGAGUCACAUGCAAAAGCUAAACGCUAUAUAGCUGCGAGCCAGGGUAGGUACAGUGUGGUUCCACAGGGGAUUGCCGCACUGCAAAUACCCUAGGUUCUUCUAUUGUAUCCUGCAGCUUCCAAACAUUGACACAUAAACUAAAAACUCUGAUGAUUGAUUAUACAUAUUAUACAAUAAUAAUAACUGAAGCAACCAACAACAGUCUAGCAUAAGAGCCCACAAAUAAGUUAAAUACAUUUUUUUGGGUACAAAAUAGAACACACACAGAACUAUUUCCUAUAUAAGCUGCGGCGCAACUCGAUGCAUAACCUCACUUUUUAUAAUGCAAUGUCACACAGACAAAUCAUAGAGAAAACAUAUUACAAACAAACUACAAAUACUACCACCAAGUAUUUACGUGCAUCCUUUAUACAUACAUAUAUAACUUAUCCUAUAUAUCUUCUUCUAUGUGUUAAACGUAACAAAUGGCAAAUGAUAUGCUUAUGGCCUUAUUUAAAGUUUGUUGAAUUUGUUCUGCCCAUCCGAAACGUAACAUUUUGUAGCCUUUUAAAUUAGGUUUUUAAUUUAUGUGUAAGUCAAGUGCGAGUCUAGGUUAGCUUAAAUGUACCUAUUAGUUAAAUUUGUCUACUAAAUACUAGAGUUGAGAAUCAAAAGAUAAUAAUAAUAAUGCCCAAUAAUCAAUUUUGAAAU